AUGGCUUUCGUUCGUGUGUGUAUUAUUGCUGCUUUCACAUUAUGGUCUGGGUAUUACACACAGGCGAGUUCUACGAAAACAACCGGUUUGCCAUCUUUGAAAUUCCAAUUAACGCUCAAACGUAGCUCCGUGCGGGUACAAGGUUUGACUGAAUUGUCCGUCUUUGCAAACCCGAUUGAAUUGGACGGGGGUGACAGUGUACUCUACGAUGUCUUUUCAUCAUUCACCGAACGCGAUACAGUGCACAACUACUACCUUGUCAAUGGAAUUGGUAUGUCUUCAAGUGUCUCAAACUUUUGUACUGAAAAUGUGACCAUGCAAUGUCAGGAUUCCCUACUCGACGACAUUCCAUCGAUUAACACUAUCAUCAGUGCGUUAAACGAAGCAACUGCUAUCUCAAGUGAGGCAGGAACUUUUCAAAGUGCGGUGGAGUGCCCGAAUGGAAAUCUAUUCAAGGUUACGAUCAACAACAUCGAUUUUGCAUUGUGCACAUUGGAUUCGCUGGGAUUUACGAUGCACGGUAGUGAGAUGGACGUGAAGGUUGAGUAUCUCAAUGCCCACCUGAACAUUAGAAUUCCGACUCCGACUUCGGAACUAAACUGCGACACAGUGGCGACUCGUAGCUCCAUUACACAGAUCGGAAAGUAUUUGUUGACCGGAAAACUGAUUCAAGGCAAUGCGAGAAGCUUAAAAGCUGCGAUCGAUUUUUCGUCGACAAUUUCGCCGACAACUUCGUCAGCCUGUUCAUGCAAAUCAACACGUCGCCCGUGCAUCUUCUUUCAUGGGUGGGGGAGAGAUGUCGAAAUGCCGGAGAAUCAGAAUAAUUACACGGAAUACUGGGGCGAGCACUUGUUCGAACACACGCCGUGCUGUUCAUCGAUCAAGUUCGCGCGACUGAAUACGAUAAAUGAUCCGUGGACUAGCAGAAGACAACAGCGAAAAGUGUGUGAUCGUCUCUUGGCAGUGAGUGACAAAAGUACCGAUGUUAAGAUCGUUAACACUAUCGUCGUUACGCACUCACUAAGUGGUCUCAUGCUUGCUGGUGCACUUUCCAGCGGUCUUUGCACGCUAGACUCUAGCUCAUCGUGGGUGGCCUUGGCGCCACCUAUGAUGGGUAGUGGGGCGGCAGAUUUUGCCCAGGAGUCCUGUGAUGGAAAUUUAGGCGUAGUCGCGACAGAAUUUGGAGAGCUUACGGGUAAGUGCCCUCCGGACCCAGCAUUGAAAGCGAUGUCAUACCAGGGUGGGAAAUACAGUUCCAAGAGCCUGGAUGCAGCGUACGUAGCUGCACAGAAAGCUUUCCAGGCAAACGUGUAUGCAGUCAUCUGUAGCAAGAGAAGCUCCGGACUUCUAUCUGUCCGCCAAGUAAUGUAUUGGGCUUUGGGAAAAAUUCUUCCUCACCACUCCAAGCAGAAUGAUGGCAUGGUAGACUUCGAAAGCUGCGCUGGAGGGGUUCCUCUAUCGAAGUUUGGUGAAACCUGGAAAAGUCGGUUUUACUUGACAGAGCUGAACCAUAGCGAUGUGAAGCUCGUGUUUCGUGAUUCACGAUGGAACGAGUCAAAAAUGCCUAGGAAAUGGUUUGAGUGCUUGUUAUAG